UCAGGUGGGCGUCAGGUGCGGGCAGGUGCAGGCCGGGCGGGGGCCUGCGCGCGUCCUCCCGGGAGCGAGGGGGCGCUGUGCCCGGGGCCGCGCGGGCCGUGCGUGCCCCUCCUUCCGCCCGCGGCCCCGGAAGCGGCGAUGGCGCGGAACGUGCUGUACCCACUGUACCAGCUGGGCAACCCCCAGCUACGAGUCUUCCGCACCAACUUCUUCAUUCGGCUGGUGCGGCCCGGCACGGCCCAGCCUGAGGACACCGUGCAGUUCCGGAUCCCCAUGGAGAUGACCAGGGUGGACCUCAGGAAUUAUCUAGAGCGUAUUUACAACGUGCCCGUGGCCGCCGUGCGGACGAGGGUGCAGCACGGUUCCAACAGGAAGAGGGAUCACAGAAACGUCAGGAUCAAAAAGCCAGACUACAAGGUGGCCUAUGUGCAGCUGGCACACGGACAGACCUUCGCUUUCCCAGAUCUGUUUCCUGAGAAGAAGCAGAGUGAGGGCAGCACCGCUGUGGACGAGGACAUCCAGGACAAGUUCCUGGAAGAGCAGAGGGAGAGGCAGAGGCACGACCCUCGGCGCGGGGGCGUCCCCAACUGGUUUGGCCUGUGACAGGCCCCAGCUCUGACAGCUCUAAUAAAAAUCUCGCUUGCGGAGAGACGA